GUUCCACCAGGUGAGCCUCGUAUUGUUCCUGCCACUCCACUCGCAAGGGAAGGUAUACCUUUUGAACUUACCUGUAGCAGUCAAGGUGGAAGUCCAGAUCCUGUAAUUCAGUGGUAUAGGGAAGGAACUGCCUUAUCCAGUCCGACAAAAAAUGGAGGUUCCAGAGAUCAUCCAACAUACAAUAUUCUUACAAUUCAUCCAAGAGUAGAUGAUGAUGGAAAGAAAUACAGAUGUACAGUUUGGAACAGAGCUAUCAGAGAAGAAGAGAGGAGAGAAGCAUCUAUAAAGUUACAUGUUCAUUAUUCUCCCCGCUUAACUGUUGGUCCUUACAAUCCAUUAAAUGUUAUGGUUGAUACUGAUGCAUUCAUGACAUGUUCUGCUGUUGCUAAUCCUGCAGUUAGAAUGAUAAAAUGGGUAAAAAAUGGUCAGUUUCUUUCAAACAAACUCAAUCACACAAUUACUGCUGUAACACCAGAAGAUAGUGGAACAUAUACUUGUAUAGCCGAUAAUGGAAUAGGAGAACCAACAAAAGCAGAUCUAAAACUCUCAGUAUUAUAUGGACCUAAGGUUAGUUUGUUACCAGACAAAGAAAUUACACUAGGCAAAUCAGUAAAUGUGAAAUGCAAUGUAGCAUCUAAUCCUCCUCCACAUAAUCUUCAAUGGCUAAAGCAAGGUGAUCAAUACUUUCAUCAAAAUGGAGAUAUGUUGAGGUUAACUAGUAUUUCAGCAGAAGAUGCAGGAAAAUAUACUUGUCAAGCCACGACAACAUUGAGACCAUCUGGUACAACCAUACAAAAAGAAGUAACUAGCAAUGCUACAAUUUUGAUUUAUGUUAGGCGUAAGUAUAUAUUUAUUUAAAAAUAAUACAAAAGACAUACAUAAAUACUAAUCUGUAUUGUUAAAUAUUUUUUAACAUCUAAACUUCUUUU